AUGAUGAAUGGUUUGUGAUUUGCAGGAUAAAAAACGGCGGACAAACUAUGUUUUUGAAGAAAACGGGAAAAAUGAAAUAAGUAGAGUGCAAGUUCCUGUUCUAAACUAUAAUAACAGGUGGAGCGUCAGAAGUGAAAACAUUUUCUGGCUUUGAAAGAGAGACUUACAAGUUUCUACCUUUUGCUUUGAAAUUCAAAAUAACUGUUUCUCGCGCGUGCUGAAUUUGAUAAAACAGAGUACCAUAAGUCACGACAGACAACAUAGUUUUCCAUCAAAUCUUAUGAGCUCAAAAUAUUUUUCAUGAAAUUGAAUUCAGUUUCUCACUGGCCCAAUCAGCAAGGUUUUUAGGAGAAAGAAGGGUCAAAGUAGACGACAAGAUCCACCACUCUUACAAUAAUGCCUUAGAGCUCAAACAAGAUCCCAUAAUUAAUUGGACAAAGAAAAAUGGUUGAAAAAUGUCAUUUUAUAACGAUAAAGGGUAACAUCAUCUUCUUCUUAUUAUUCUUCUUCUAUCCCCUCUUAUCCCUUUGAACCAGCUCUCUUCAAAGUAAAAUUCAAUAAUGUUUUUUUCAACAACCCACUCGAUAUGUUUCGAUAAUUUUGUUGUGCAUUUCGGUUUUCUUAUUAUUCGUUUGUUUGUAACUGAAUUUAGCGUUUUCAGGUCGUCAACAUGUGGUUUUUGACUGGCUGGCCAGAGAUCAACAGCUGAGUGUCUCGAGCACGUCUCAGAGGUGACCGGAGUAUAUCUGUUAUUUUUUGGGGUUUCUGCAGUUUGAUCGGUCAGAAUCGGAUAUAAUUGUUUCAAACAUAAUUCAUUUUUCCAACUUAUCAUUUUUCAAUCGUUUUUUUCAGGUCAGGCCGACAAAGGGCGAAAAUGUUUCAUUCGAGAGCAACAACGACGAGACCUCUUGAUAAAUUCGACACCCCGCCUUCGUCUGAUUAUAAACUUUUCAGUGACCACUGUUGAGCUUUUUUCACCGGUUACUGGAACUCACACGUGUUGUAACAUUAACUCAGGGCAAACCACACUUUAGUUUUUAGACGAGAACAACAAUAAAGUUAUGCUACACUAAUACUUACUAUUCAUCCGCUUUAACACUUUUCUGACUUUCUGAACUGUUGAUCAAACAAGUAGGAUUUUUUGACAACCAAAACCUAAGAGGAUUUUCUUUUUCUCACGUUUUUGUCAGGAAUUUUUGCCAUCAAUUCAUUUCAUUCCCUUUCCCUUUUUUGGCAUUUUUCAUUUUCAAAUACCCGUUUAAGUGUUGACAAUGUGACUUGCUUCUAUUUCAUUCAUUUUUUUGUGUUCGCCUUCCCAAUUUUUACAAAAAAAAAUCGGUUUUCUUCUGUACACUGUGAAAUAAAAAUUCAAAAACGGUAUCACUUCCCCCUCUCCCGGGGCAUUCAGAUCAUUUCUAAUUGUCACGCGCCUUGCUACUGACAAGAAGCAAUUUUACACAGUUCUUCAGUAGUUCGAUUCUUUCUCAACAAGAUUUUUGUACCUAACCUAUGAAUAUAUUUCUACAUUCUUAUAUAUGAACAAAGCUACACUAAAAAUGAAUUAUAUCACUUACGAAAAAGCAAGAGUUUAAUAACAAUACAUGUUUUCUUAGUACUCAAGUACCAUCCCCUUCUUCUCGCAACUAACCCGGUUCAUACUCACCUUGUUUGCUAACCUACUCCAUAUUUUUAAAUUGUUUGGUACAGACAUUGCCCGUAUCAUAUCAACUUUGAUUUAUAUACUCCGUUCCUAUCGUUUGGCAUUAUUUGGAACACUAACUUUUAGAUUACAGGUUGUCUUAUGCAAAUUUACAAGGUUAUAUUAGUAUUAAUAAUUUCCGUGCAGUUUUCACAAUGCGGAUAUUCAAAAUCAAUUGUACAUCUAGAUUUGAAGGGUAUAACUUUUUUCUUCUUAGAAUCAACGCUUUAUAUAUGCAGGAGCUCCCCCCAAAGUGGCGUAUUUUAAACAACUUCUCACAACAAUCAGCAAUCUAGGUGCUACAGGUGUUCUGAUUGAGUGGGAGGCAAGACUUCAUGAAAGAUUUGAUGAAUUCAAAAAACAUUUUCAGGAUAUGUUCCCAUUCAAAGGAGAUUUAUCAAGAAUUGUCAACAAAAAUGCGUAUACUGAAGUUGAAGUUAUUACUAUUUUAGACUAGUAAGUAGAUUGUUUCAACAAAAAAAUCACAUUUAAAUUUAGUGCCCAAUUGCUUGAGUUGGAAAUAAUACCGCUUGUGCAGACUCUUGCUCACAUGGAAUGGAUUUUGAAGACGGAGGAGUAUGCGCAAUUGAGAGAAGAUGAGAGAUAUCCAAUGGUCGCGUGUAUUGGCGAUGAAGAAAGUCUCAAUGUUAUCUUAGAUUCUGUAAAUCAGGUGCACUCGGCGUUUUACUAAACCUGUUCAAUUCUCAUUUUUAGUUGAUGGAAGUUCACUCAAAGUUUGGCAGCAGAUAUGUACAUAUAGGAGCUGAUGAAGCGUUUCAAGUUGGCGUUUGUGAAGCGGAUAAACAAGUGUUACCUGUCAAGUAUCAGAACGACACUCUUCGACUGAUUUUUGAUCACUUGACCAAAGUAUCAAAAAAUAUAUCAAACACAUUUCCGGGCACAAAGGUUUGUUGUUCUAUGACGAAAUGGUUUGGAAUUGUAUCAAAAUGCAGGUUCUUGUCUGGUAUGAUGAACUGAAAAGUGCUCCACUUGAUCUCAUAGAACAAUACGGGCUCAGAGAUAAUUUGAUACCAGUGGUUUGGAAGUAUACGGCUAAUUUGGACAAUGAUUUGCCUCCGGAAAUGUGGAGCAAUCUAUCGCGUUCUUUUGGAGAAGUUUGGGGUGGCAGUGCUUUUAAAGGUAAAAUUUUCUUUUUUUGUUCAACUUGCAAAACCGAUUGUAAAAAACGGAUAUCAAGAUAAUUCAAGAAAUCAGUUCUAGCUAGCUAGUUAUCCAUCUCCAUUAUCAAUUCAUAUCAAAUUAUCUUAAUUUGUGAUUGAUCGUGUAGUUUGACCUCUGCAGUGUAACCAACUAGUUUUUUUUUGUUCCGUCUUCCGUCUGCCGUCUUCCGGGAGAAAGGUUUUCUUCCGUCUUCCGUCUGCCGUCUUCCUUAAAAAAAAUUGUUCUUCCGUCUUCCGUCUGCCGUCUUCCGGGAAAAAGGUUUUCUUCCGUCUUCCGUCUGCCGUCUUCCGUAAAAAAAUGUUUCUUCCGUCUGCCGUCUGCCAUCUUCCCGGAUUUUUUCUUCUUACCGUAAAAGAGUAAUAGCUUUUCAGAAGCUAUUUACUAGCCCCGAAGAACGCGAAUUUCCACGGGCAGUGACCCAGAUCCAAAAAUUUUUUUGUUGUUUAGUUAUUUUUUUCAAAAAAACCGGAGAAAAAGGUUCUGCAUUGACGAUUUUUUGUUCCGUCUUCCGGGAAAAAAGUUUUCUACCGUCUUUCGUGAGAAAUUUUUUUUCCGUCUUCCGUUUUCCGUGUUCCGUAAGAAAAAUGUUCUUCCGUCUGCCGUCUGCCGUCUUCCGAAUUUCAAAAUUCCAUAUCCGCUCAACUCUGGUAACUACGACAGCUUUGUCAGGCCAAGCUUAACGUGUUGUAAUGUUAAACUAUGAUAUUUGAGUAUUUUGAGGACGGUCUAGCAACGCAAGCAAAAAAGUGGUUUCAGGGGCUGAUGGAGCGAGUCGAUAUUGGAACAGACUCAAACCGUAUAUUUUGAACAACAAGGAGUGGUACUUGCAAAAUGAAAAAUAUAAACCGUUGUUUACCACGUUCGAUUCAAUCAUUGUGACUGGAUGGCAAAGGUUAGAAAAUGUUUUGGACUAUGACAAAAGAGUAUUAUCGGGGCAUUUCAAAGUGAAAAUUCUUCCAGAAUUCAAUUGAAAAACAAAUGAAACUCGCUUCACGGUUGAAAAUUUAGGCCCCGGAUUUUUCAAUUGAGCGCAUUCACAUUGAAAUGCACCGAUAGUAGAUUGUAUUAUAUUAAUUUUAGAUACGACCAUUUCGCGUCUUUAUGUGAGCUCUUACCAACUUCUAUGAUUUCACUUGCGUUAAAUAUAAUAGUACUCACCAAAUUUCACAUAGACGGUAAUGCAUAUAAUGGAAUUACAAAAAGACAAUAUCUCUUAUUUUUUCAGUAGAUUCAACUAAUCAGGUCAUGCAAGCAUUAGACUGUCCAACGUCAACAACAUUGGAUCAGCUUGUUUCUGGUUCUGAUCGUUGUCGUUACCCAGGAUAUAAAGUGCGCGAUGCUAUUCGUGAUUUUGUACAAUUAAAAGCAUUCUUUGAAAAUUCGACCUGGGUACAUAAUAGGUAGUGCGCUCAUAUGAAAAAUAAUGAAAGAACGAAUAAUAUAUAAUAGGGAGAACGGUUGGCUUCAACCAUCUCAUAUGAGACUUGCGGCAAGUAAUCCUUAUUACAUCGAUGCGAUUGGAAAGGCCUAUGAGAGAACGCUCAAAAAACUGGACAGCGUCAUGGAUAGCUUGAGAUCUUCGUUUAAUGAAAUAUUCUAUCCGGAUGUGAUCGAAGAGUUUAUGGAGGAUUACGUUUGGCCAAUGUAUAAUGAUUUACAAAAACGGUAUUUUAUACAAGUUGACAAUAAUCGUUUUUUGUUUCGAUUUCAGAAAAACAAUUGUGGAUACAAUUGAUACAAAAAAGUCAUACAGUCCUAGGCCGUGGUUUACGUUCCCCGGUUCAUGA